AAAUCAAAAUAUAAAAGAGUAAUUAUCCCCUUUUCUAAACGGUGAUAUCGCAUAGUCUAUCGCUUUUUCAUUUUCUGCUUGGAGACAAAAGUGCUUCUUGAACUGUUUUUUUCUUUGGUUUUGUUUUCUUGGCUUUCACCGAACUUCAAAGCCAGACAAGACAUGCUCACCUUCACUCUUAAUACUGCAAAAACUUCAUUAGUCCUCAAAUACCCAGUUAUUAUAUCUGUUCUAGUUCAUUGUUUCAUUUGGGUUUUCAGAUUCUAGUUCACAAAUUUGUAAGUUGUAGCACUCUACUUGUUUGGGAGAACGCUUAGCCCAAAAAUAUUUGUUUAUAUUAGUUUUGAUGGAGUUUCAGAGGCUUAAUGUAUUGUCUGAGAUGUACCCAGAAGCAUUUACAAUAUAGAGAUGGUUGUGUUUUAAGCAUUUACAACAUAAAGCACUGGGGAGAGGGUUUUGCAGUGGUUUUGGUUUUCUGGUUCAACUUUGCCUCUCUAUUCUUUGUGGUUUUGGGUUUUGAUUCCAAAUGGAUUUUGGUAUAUUUGGUUCUAUCUUGGUUCUUUCAAUGUUCUUCAAGCCUUUAACUUGUCAACAACCCAAUACAGAUGCUUUCUUUGUAUCUGAGUUUUGGAAGAAGAUGAACUUCACCUCUUCUCUACACCAGAAUUUCUCUGCUCCUGUUUGUUCGUGGGAAGGAGUGCACUGUGAUGCCCAUGAAAAUGUUUUGCAGUUAGUGGCUUCUGGUUAUGGUCUCUCUGGUUCCAUUCCUGAUACCACCAUUGGCAAGCUAACCAAGCUCCAAAUUUUGGAUCUUAGCAACAACAGAAUCAUCGCUUUGCCUUCAGAUUUUUGGAGUUUGGGCUCUCUCACGACCCUCAACCUUUCUUCCAACAAGAUUUUUGGGUCUCUGGCCAACAACAUUGGCAAUUUUGGCCUGCUUGAAACAUUUGAUCUGUCCAAUAACAAUUUUAGUGGUGAAAUUCCUGCAGCCAUAAGCUCCCUUUCAAGGUUGAGAGUUCUAAAGCUGGACAGAAAUGGGUUUGAAGGAAGGAUUCCAUUGGAAAUUCUGAAUUGCCAGUCACUGACUUACAUUGAUAUUUCCUUGAAUAAGUUGGAUGGCUCCUUGCCAGAUGGUUUUGGUGCUGCAUUUCCGGAACUCAAAACAUUAAACCUUGCUGGAAACAAGAUCAAAGGGCGGGACUUAGAUUUUUCACAAAUGAAAUCCAUCACUAGUCUCAAUAUUUCUGGGAAUUUGUUUCAUGGUUCAGUAACUGGUGUGUUUCUGAAAACUUUGGAGGUGAUAGACCUGAGCAGGAACCAGUUUCAAGGUCACAUUUCUCAGGUAGAAUUCAAUUCUAGCUACAAAUGUUUUGAUUUGAUUUAUUUGGACAUGUCUGAGAACCAACUCAGUGGAGAUAUUUUCCCCUAUCUAAAACAAACCCAGAAUCUUAAAUACCUUAACCUUGCAUUCAAUAGAUUUGCUAGGCAAGAAUUCCCAAGAAUUGAUCUGCUUUGGAAUAUAGAGUAUCUCAAUUUGUCUAGAACUAGUCUCAUUGGCCAUAUUCCUAGCGAAAUUGCACAAUUGAGUAAACUGCAUACUCUUGAUCUGUCUAAGAACCAUCUCACUGGCAAAAUUCCUUUAUUACAUACCAAAAACCUCCAAAUUCUUGAUGUUUCACAUAACAAUUUGAGUGGACAAAUCCCACUGCCCCUCUUACAAAGACUCAAAUCUAUGGAAAGAUUCAACUUCUCUUACAACAACUUGACCCUGUGUUCCUCUGGAUUUUCCAUUGAAACCCUCCAAAAACAAUUUUAUGGAUCAUUAAACAACUGCCCAAUUGCAGUAAACCCAGACAUCUUUAAAAGAACAGCCACCAAACACAAGGGAAUAAAACUUGCUCUUGCCUUAGCCCUAUCAAUCGUUGGGCUGCUAUUUCUAGCUAUCUAUUGUAUAAGGAAAUCUAGGACGCAUUUAGUAAAACAAACAUCGUUCAGAGAAGAACAAAAUAUUCCAGGUCCAUUCUCAUUUCGGACUGAUUCAACCACAUGGGUUGCUGAUAUUAAGCUGGCAACAUCAGUCCCUGUAGUGAUUUUUGAGAAGCCAUUGCUAAAUAUCACUUUUGCAGACCUCUUAUCUGCAACUUCAAGUUUUGACAGAGGCACCCUUUUGGCUGAAGGGAAGUUUGGGCCUGUUUACAGGGGAUUCCUUUUUUGUGGAAUUCAUGUAGCUGUUAAAGUUUUAGUCCGUGGAUCUACAUUGACAGACCAAGAAGCUGCAAGAGAGCUCGAGUAUCUUGGUCGAAUUAAGCAUCCUAAUCUUGUUCCACUCACUGGAUAUUGCAUAGCAGGAGAUCAAAGAAUUGCUCUCUAUGAUUACAUGGAGUAUGGGAACUUGCAGAAUCUACUCCAUGAUUUGCCUCUUGGUGUCCAAACAACUGAAGAUUGGAGUACGGACACAUGGGAAGAAGAUAAUGAUAAUGACAUUCAAAAUGUUGGCUCUGAAAGAUUAUUGACAACCUGGAGAUUUCGACACAAAAUCGCUCUUGGUACUGCUCGUGCAUUGGCAUUUCUUCACCAUGGUUGCUCCCCCCCACUUAUUCAUAGAGAUGUCAAAGCUAGCAGCAUUUACCUGGAUUAUAACCUGGAGCCAAGAUUAUCUGAUUUUGGACUGACCAAGGUCUUUGGCAAUGGUUUAGACGAGGAGAUUGCUCGUGGCUCUCCAGGUUACGUUCCACCAGAGUUUUCUGAUCCGGAUAACAACUACCCAACACCAAAAUCUGAUGUCUAUUGCUUUGGGGUGGUUUUGUUGGAGCUAAUUACAGGAAAGAAGCCAGUAGGAGAUGAUUAUCCUGAAGAUAAAGAUGCAAGUUUGGUGAGUUGGGUGAGAGGAUUGGUAAGGAAGAACCAAGGGCCAAGAGCUAUUGAUUCAAAAAUUCAUGAUACUGGACCAGAACAUGAAAUGGAGGAGGCCCUCAAGAUUGCAUAUCUAUGCACAGCGGACAUCCCCUCAAAGCGUCCAAGCAUGCAGCAGAUAGUUGGACUUCUUAAAGAUAUAGAAUCCGCAGAUCAUCACUGAUGAGCACAUAAAUGGGAGCUGGUUUCAGUGGCUAUUUUCAUUUAUUUAUUAAUUCCUUUUCUUUUUUUCUCUGUAUUGAGUUCUUUCUCUACCUUACCUUUCAUGGUGGCACAGAAGUUUAAUUUGUAUACACAGUUUAAUUUAGUUUUGGCCUUGUGUUAAUAGCAACUUCAAUUCUUAAAAUUGUACAAAGGUUUAAACUUUUCUCCAAGAGCUAGUUGCCUGAAGCUUGUCCCUUGCAAUUUGCAUGAUGUAUGGGAGGAAUGGAUUACCAUUAGAGUCCUAGGGUCACUUAGAUUUCUUUCCCCCGAGGGGAUUUGGGUUUACCUAUUGGUUUAUAGGCGUUUCAGUUGCAAACGAUUUUGGUU